GGCCCGGCGGCCGCGGCGGCGGCAUGAGCCGGCCCCCGCCGACGGGGAAGAUGCCCGGCGCCCCCGAGGCAGUGUCGGGGGACGGCGCGGGCGUGAGCCGCCAGAGGAAGCUGGAGGCGCUCAUCCGAGACCCUCGGUCGCCCAUCAACGUGGAGAGCUUGCUGGAUGGCUUAAAUUCAUUGGUCCUUGAUUUGGAUUUCCCUGCUUUGAGGAAAAACAAAAAUAUAGAUAAUUUCUUAAAUAGAUAUGAGAAAAUUGUGAAAAAGAUCAGAGGUCUACAGAUGAAGGCCGAAGACUAUGAUGUUGUAAAAGUUAUUGGAAGAGGUGCUUUUGGUGAAGUCCAGCUGGUUCGUCAUAAGGCAUCACAGAAAGUUUAUGCUAUGAAGCUUCUUAGUAAGUUUGAAAUGAUUAAAAGGUCAGAUUCUGCUUUUUUCUGGGAGGAACGAGAUAUUAUGGCCUUUGCCAACAGUCCCUGGGUGGUUCAGCUCUUUUGUGCCUUUCAAGAUGAUAAAUAUCUGUACAUGGUAAUGGAGUAUAUGCCUGGUGGAGACCUUGUAAACCUUAUGAGUAACUAUGAUGUACCUGAAAAAUGGGCCAAAUUUUAUACUGCUGAAGUUGUUCUUGCUUUGGAUGCCAUACACUCCAUGGGUUUAAUUCACAGAGAUGUGAAGCCUGACAACAUGCUCUUGGAUAAACAUGGACAUCUAAAAUUAGCAGAUUUUGGCACAUGUAUGAAGAUGGAUGAAACAGGCAUGGUGCAUUGUGAUACAGCAGUUGGAACACCUGAUUAUAUAUCACCUGAGGUCUUGAAAUCACAAGGGGGUGAUGGUUACUAUGGGCGAGAAUGUGAUUGGUGGUCUGUGGGUGUUUUCCUUUUUGAGAUGCUGGUGGGGGAUACUCCAUUUUAUGCAGAUUCACUGGUAGGAACAUAUAGCAAAAUUAUGGAUCAUAAAAACUCACUUUGUUUCCCUGAAGAUGCAGAAAUUUCUAAACAUGCGAAGAAUCUCAUCUGUGCCUUCUUAACAGAUAGGGAGGUACGACUUGGAAGAAAUGGGGUAGAAGAAAUCAAACAACAUCCUUUCUUUAAGAAUGAUCAAUGGAAUUGGGAUAACAUAAGAGAGACGGCAGCUCCUGUGGUACCUGAACUCAGCAGUGACAUAGACAGCAGCAAUUUUGAUGACAUUGAAGAUGAUAAAGGAGAUGUAGAAACCUUCCCAAUUCCUAAAGCUUUUGUGGGAAAUCAGCUGCCUUUUAUAGGAUUUACCUACUAUAGAGAAAAUUUGUUAUUAAGUGACUCUCCAUCUUGUAAAGAAAAUGAUUCAAUACAAUCAAGGAAAAACGAAGAGAGUCAAGAGAUUCAGAAAAAACUAUAUACAUUAGAAGAACACCUUAGCAGUGAGAUACAAGCCAAAGAGGAACUAGAGCAGAAGUGCAAAUCUGUUAAUACUCGCCUAGAGAAAGUAGCAAAGGAGCUAGAAGAAGAGAUUACCUUAAGGAAAAAUGUGGAAUCAGCAUUAAGACAAUUAGAAAGAGAAAAGGCGCUUCUUCAGCACAAAAAUGCAGAAUAUCAGCGGAAAGCUGAUCAAGAAGCAGACAAGAAACGAAAUUUGGAGAAUGAUGUUAACAGUUUAAAAGAUCAACUUGAAGAUUUGAAAAAAAGAAAUCAGAACUCUCAAAUAUCCACUGAGAAAGUGAAUCAACUCCAGAGACAACUGGAUGAAACCAAUGCUUUGCUGCGAACAGAAUCUGAUACUGCAGCCCGGUUAAGGAAAACCCAGGCAGAAAGUUCAAAACAGAUUCAACAGCUGGAAUCUAACAAUAGAGAUCUGCAAGAUAAAAAUUGCCUGCUGGAGACUGCCAAGUUAAAACUUGAAAAGGAAUUUAUCAAUCUUCAGUCAGUUCUAGAAUCUGAAAGGAGGGACCGAACCCAUGGAUCAGAGAUUAUUAAUGAUUUACAAGGUAGAAUAUCUGGCCUAGAAGAAGAUUUAAAGAAUGGCAAAAUCUUAUUAGCAAAAGUAGAGAUUGAGAAGAGACAACUACAGGAGAGAUUUACUGAUUUGGAAAAGGAGAAGAACAACAUGGAAAUAGAUAUGACAUAUCAACUAAAAGUUAUACAGCAGAGCUUAGAACAAGAAGAGGCUGAACAUAAAGCUACAAAAGCACGGCUGGCAGAUAAAAAUAAGAUUUAUGAAUCCAUUGAAGAAGCUAAAUCAGAAGCCAUGAAAGAAAUGGAGAAAAAGCUCUUGGAGGAAAGAACUUUAAAACAGAAAGUAGAGAACUUGUUGCUGGAAGCUGAGAAAAGAUGCUCUAUAUUAGACUGUGACCUCAAACAGUCACAGCAGAAAAUAAACGAACUCCUCAAACAGAAAGAUGUGCUAAAUGAGGAUGUUAGAAACUUGACAUUAAAAAUAGAGCAGGAAACUCAGAAGCGCUGCCUUACACAAAAUGACUUGAAGAUGCAAACACAGCAAGUUAACACACUAAAAAUGUCAGAAAAGCAGUUGAAACAAGAGAAUAAUCAUCUCCUAGAAAUGAAAAUGAGCUUGGAAAAACAGAAUGCUGAACUUCGAAAAGAACGUCAAGAUGCAGAUGGGCAAAUGAAAGAGCUCCAAGAUCAGCUUGAAGCAGAGCAGUAUUUCUCAACCCUCUAUAAAACACAGGUUAGGGAACUUAAAGAAGAAUGUGAAGAAAAGACCAAACUUUGUAAAGAAUUACAGCAGAAGAAACAGGAAUUACAGGAUGAAAGGGACUCCUUGGCUGCUCAACUGGAGAUUACCUUAACCAAAGCAGAUUCUGAGCAACUGGCUCGCUCAAUUGCUGAAGAACAAUACUCUGAUUUGGAAAAAGAGAAAAUCAUGAAAGAGCUGGAGAUCAAAGAGAUGAUGGCUAGACACAAACAGGAACUCACUGAAAAAGAUGCUACAAUUGCAUCUCUCGAAGAAACUAAUAGGACACUGACUAGUGAUGUUGCCAAUCUUGCAAAUGAGAAAGAAGAAUUAAAUAACAAAUGGAAAGAUGCCCAAGAACAACUAUCAAGGUUGAAGGAUGAAGAGAUAAGUGCCGCAGCUAUUAAAGCACAGUUUGAGAAGCAACUGUUAACAGAGAGAACACUCAAAACUCAAGCUGUGAAUAAGUUGGCCGAGAUCAUGAAUCGGAAAGAACCUGUCAAGCGUGGUAGUGACACAGAUGUGCGGAGAAAAGAAAAGGAGAAUAGAAAGCUACAUAUGGAGCUUAAAUCUGAACGUGAAAAACUGACUCAGCAGAUGAUCAAGUAUCAGAAAGAACUGAAUGAAAUGCAGGCUCAAAUAGCUGAAGAGAGUCAGAUUCGUAUUGAACUACAGAUGACACUGGACAGUAAAGACAGUGACAUUGAGCAGUUGCGGUCCCAGCUCCAGGCCUUGCAUAUUGGUCUGGAUAGUUCCAGUAUAGGCAGUGGACCAGGGGAUGCCGAAGCAGAUGAUGGGUUUCCAGAAUCAAGACUAGAAGGAUGGCUUUCAUUGCCUGUGCGAAACAACACUAAGAAAUUUGGAUGGGUUAAAAAGUAUGUGAUUGUAAGCAGUAAGAAGAUCCUUUUCUAUGACAGUGAACAGGAUAAAGAACAAUCUAAUCCUUACAUGGUUUUAGAUAUAGACAAGUUAUUUCAUGUCCGACCAGUUACACAGACAGAUGUAUAUAGAGCAGAUGCUAAAGAAAUUCCAAGGAUAUUCCAGAUCCUGUAUGCCAAUGAAGGGGAAAGUAAGAAGGAACAAGAAUUUCCAGUGGAGCCGGUGGGAGAAAAAUCAAAUUAUAUUUGCCACAAGGGACAUGAAUUUAUUCCUACUCUGUAUCAUUUCCCAACCAAUUGUGAGGCAUGUAUGAAGCCAUUGUGGCAUAUGUUUAAACCUCCUCCUGCUUUAGAGUGCCGUCGCUGUCACAUUAAAUGUCAUAAAGAUCACAUGGAUAAAAAGGAGGAGAUUAUAGCACCUUGCAAAGUGUAUUAUGAUAUUUCAUCGGCAAAGAAUCUAUUGUUAUUAGCAAAUUCUACAGAAGAGCAGCAGAAGUGGGUUAGUCGGUUAGUGAAAAAGAUACCUAAAAAGCCUCCAGCUCCAGACCCUUUUGCACGGUCAUCGCCUAGAACUUCAAUGAAAAUACAACAAAACCAGUCUAUUAGGCGGCCAAGUCGACAGCUUGCCCCAAACAAACCAAGAUUGCUUGAUUUGGCAUUUAAAGACUGGGAUUGGUCAUUUGAUGAUGUUGAUGGUGGUGAUGAUGAUGACGAUGUUUUUGAUUUCUGAAGAAGUAAAUGGGCUAACUGCCUUCUAUGAAUGCAGUCAUUAUUCAAGGUGAUCAUAUUCUUACAGUUGAAACAAGACUGAAAUAUGAUGGCCCAAAAUUUAUUAAAAAGCUAUAUUUUCCUGAGAGACUGAUACACACAUAUAUGUUCCCUUUAUUCCUGCAAUAUAAAUUCUAAAUGUUGGAUAGAUUUUUCUGGGCUCCUUUGGAGCAACAAGUUGAACCAACAGUGAUUGGUUAAUAGAGUAAGAAUAUCAUGUGCAGCUCUUCCAAACUUGUUCCAAAAAGCUCUCUUAGCAUCACUCACACUACACUGAAUAAAAGGAUUGAGAAGAGUUAAAGAAAUCAUCUUUUCAGCUUCAGCAGAAAGAUUUCACCAGCACAUUUGCCAGAAGAAUCUGGGAAUGGAUUCCACUACAGUGAUAUAGACUGCAUCUUUAAGAAGUGACCAUUAUACUGUGUGUGUGUGUGUGUGUGUAUGUAUAUAUACACAUAUGCGUGCACGCACGCACACACACACACACACACACACAUCUAUAUAGUACUGUAAUACUGCAAGAGGGUUUUUUUAACUUCCCACUUUAUUUUUUUAUAAACAUUAAUCAGAUAUCAUUACUUACUGCAGUUGCAACUAUGCAUUUGUAUAAAGCCAUAAUGUUGGAGUUUAUAUCACUCAUUUGUGUGUACCUGAUGGAAGCUGCAUGUUCAUGUUUAAGCAAUUACUGUAACAAGAAGUUUGAAGUUAAUUAUAUCAGUUUCCUAAUGCUUCAUAAUAGGCAACUUUACCCAUUUUGAAUGCCUUAAUUUAAUUUUUUUCAAAAUCUCUACCCUUUUCUGUAUUUAAAAAAAAAACAAAAAAAAACCAAGUGUUUACCAGCUCUUAGGAUGCAAAUAUGCUUUGCAGAAGAAAAAUAGUGCACUAUUUUUACACAUAGUAGUUAUCAAUGUCAGCCUAUUUUGAUUGUAUAAGAGAAUUUUUUUUUAAGUAUUGGUGAUAGAAACAGUAAUGGAUAGUAUUGGAACUAAUAUAUCUUUUAUGUAUAUCUAUUAUUCAUCCAACCCUUUUUACAGACCUCAGUAUUAGUGUGUGACUAUGAAAUGUUUUCUUUUAAUUUCCUGGCUACCCUAGGUAUGUUUUUAUUUCUGAUAAAGAUAUUUGUGACUAUUUUUACAUUUUCACACUCAAGAUUCAAAAAUUAUCUCAAAUACAAAAAAAACUAAGACAUACUGUAGAUAUAUUUUAAAUAUUUAAAUGUGAUCCCUUAAACACACAACUGUGUAUGGCAAUAUUUCAGUAUUGGGUUAAGAAAACUGGUGACUGGGAAGAAGUUGCCUCAAAGGCACUUAACUUGAUUUUUAUUUUUUUAAAUGCUGUUAAAGUUAACAGUUUAUGCAGGACUAUUCCUGCUUUAUUUCUCAUUAUCCCAGAAAAGUGUAUGUUUUAUACUGCUACAGUGUACAUCAGUAAGAAUCAAGUUAAAAAAAAAUGUGUAGUCUUUUAUCAGUCUUUCUUUAUAUACAUACACAGAGUUUGGUGUGAUAUUGAAAUACAUCAUCUAAUAUUUCUAUGAAGGAAGUAGACAUUUUUCAUUGAUUCCUUCUGGGGUCAGUGUAGGGUGUUUAAAGAGUUAGAUCCCCAAUUAUAGAUACUAUUGUGGAAACUGAAGAGUGGCCUUUGGCUACUGAUGUAUUGAAACUGAAUCUUGUCAUUACAUUAUCCAGGCUGCACUCUUUCAUGCUGUCUGUGCUAAACUAGAUACGCAUGCCAUUUCCCUUGCGGGUAUGUUCUGGUUUGGGGCA